AAUUGUCUCUGAAAUGUUUGGCCUCCCUCGCUUGAAUUCAGCUCAUGCGUUCCUUGCCCAGCUCAUGCGUUACUUGCCCAGCUCAUGUGAUAUUGUACGCCACCCCUAUUGGUCCAACCCUUCAUAAGCAAGAUAAAGUACAUUAAGGAAAAUGAAAUCGGUUUCCUCUCCUCCUUUAGUGCUAGUACUUUUGUCUUGCGGGAACCUAUAAUACUAGUACUAGGCUCACUACUAGUACACCACUUCAGCAGCUCGCUCCACUGCCCACCUCAGCUCCUACAGAAGUUUAUAUUUUUCAAGGAGCAGAUUCGAAGCGCCGCAAAACUCCAAACUAAGUGCUGAAAGGGGUGGCGGUGGACUGAUAAAUGAUCAUGUAUCUAAUGGCAUCCCUGCCUUCCUGCGGUGCCUUCCGUGCACCUCUAUUGUCUUCUUUCCCGAGGAGAAAAACCACGGUAGUGGCCGUGGCUUCCAAGGCCAAGGUUGGAAUUCCCGAAAAGACUGCCUUCACUCCUCGCGAGGCGCCUUUCCGAGUCCGAGUCACCCACUCAUUGCCACCUCAAAAGAAGGAAAUUUUCGAUUCGUUGGACCACUGGGCAAAAGACAACAUCCUGGUCCUCCUGAAGCCGGUUGAGAAAUCCUGGCAGCCGCAGGACUACCUGCCGGAUCCUUCCUCAGAUGGAUUCUAUGAUGAAAUCAAGGAGUUGAAGGAGCGAGCCGAGGAGAUCCCGGAUGACUACUUAGUCUGUCUGGUUGGAGACAUGGUCACAGAGGAAGCACUCCCUACUUACCAAACAAUGCUCAAUAGCCUCGAUGGCGGUGUUCGUGACGAGACCGGCACGAGCCCUACCAGCUGGGCUGUCUGGUCGAGAGCAUGGACAGCCGAGGAGAACAGGCAUGGUGAUCUCAUGAACAAGUAUAUGUACCUCACUGGGAGGGUUGAUAUGAGGCAGAUUGAGAAGACCAUACAGUAUCUGAUUGGUGCUGGAAUGGAUCCAAAAACCGAGGGCAACCCCUAUCAGGGUUUCAUUUACACAUCUUUCCAAGAGCGGGCGACCUUCAUAUCUCACGGCAACACCGCGAGGCACGCCAAAAAGUACGGGGAUGUGAAGCUGGCCCAGAUAUGUGGUACCAUUGCAGCUGACGAGAAGCGCCAUGAGACGGCGUACACCAAGAUUGUGGAGAAGCUCUUCGAGGUCGACCCAGACUACACGGUGCUGGCCUUCGCCACCAUGAUGAGGAAGAAGGUCACAAUGCCUGCCCACCUUAUGUACGACGGGCAGGAGGACAACCUGUUUGCGCACUUCAGCGCGGUGGCGCAGCGGCUGGGCGUCUACACCGCCAUGGACUACGCCGACAUCCUUGAGUUCUUGGUCGAGAGGUGGAACGUCGCCAAUCUUACCGGGCUGUCCGGGGAAGGGAGGCGCGCUCAGGAUUUUCUCUGCUCACUGGGACCAAGGUUCAGGAAGCUAGAGGAGCGAACACAGGGCAGGGCAAAGCAGUUACCGAUUGUUCCAUUCAGCUGGAUCUAUGGCCGACAAGUGCAGCUUUGAUUAAGAUGUUACAGAAUAAGAAUACGACGAUCCUUUUUUAUUUUCUUUUUUCUAAGCUCUAUAGUAUCUUUUUUCUUUUGUUACAUGAAUACGUCUACAUUGCAUAUGCCAACGAAGCUUACAGUAACACACUUC